CUGUGCUCCGCAACGGGAGAGGCCACAACAGUGGGAGGCCCGCGUACCGCAAAAAAAAAAAAAAAAAAAGUAAUUCAAAAUGGAUCAAAAAACCUAAACGUGAGAAGUAAAAUUAUAAAACUCUUAGAAGAAAACAUAGGAGAGAAGCUUCAUGAUGUUGUUCUUGGCAAUUAUUUCUUGUAUAUGACAUCAAAAGCACAGGCAACAAAAGAAAAAAAUGGAUAAAUUGGACUUCAAUAUUUAACACUUUUGUACAUCAAAGAACAGUAGUAAUUGACUGAAAUGACAAUCCACAAAAUGGGAGAAAAUAUUUGCAAAUCAUAUAUCUGAUAAGGGAUUAAUAUCCAGAAUGUAUAAAAAAACUACUCUAAGUCAACAACAAAUAAACAGGUAACCAGAUUUUAAAAUGAGCAAAGGACUUGAAUAGGCAAUUCUUCAAACAAGGCAUGCAAAUGACCAAAAAGCACAUGAAAAGAUGUUCAGCAUCACUAAUCAUUAGGGAAAUACAAGUCAAAACCACGGGAUACCAAGUCACACCCACUAGGACAGCUACUACAAAAAACAGUUAAGUACAAGUGUUGGCAAUGAUGUGGAGUAAUUGGAACUCUUGUGCGUUACUGGUGGGAAUGUAAAAUGGUACAGCUGCUGUGGAAAAGAGUUUGGCAAUUUUUCAAAAAAUUAAACAUAGAAUUACAAUAUGAUCCAGCAAUUCCAUUUCUGGGUAGAUAACACCAAAAGACUUGAAAGCAGGAUCUCAAAGAGAUAUUUGCAUCCCCAUGUGUGUUACAGCAUUAUUCACAAUAGCCAAAAAGUGGAAGAAACCCAGUGUUUGUUGACAGAUGAAUGAAUAAGCAAAAUGUAGUAUAUGUAUACAUACUAUAGAGUAUCAUUCAGCCUUAAAAAGGAAGGAAAUUCUGAAACAUGCUACAACAUGAAUGAACGUUGAAGACAUUAUGCGAAGUGUAAUAUAAUUCAGUCACAAAAGGUCAAAUGCUACUCAGCCAUUAAAAAGAAUGAAAUAAUGCCAUUUACAGCAACAUGGAUGGACCUAGAGAUUGUCAUACUGAGUGAAGUAAAUCAUACAGAGAAAGAGAAAUAUCGUAUGAUAUCCCUUAUAUGUGGAAUCUAAAAAGAAAUGACACAAAUGAACAUAUUUACAAAGCAGAAACAGACUCACAGAGUUAGAGAACGAACUUAUGGUUACCAGGGGGGACGGAUGGGGGAAGGGAUAGUCAGGGAGUUUGGGAUCAACAUGUACACACUGCUAUAUUUAAGAUGGAUAACCAACGAGGACCUACUGUACAGCACAGGGAACACUGCUCAAUGUUAUGUGGCAGCCUGGAUGGGAGGGGGGUUGGGGGGAGAAUGGAUACAUGCAUAUGUAUGGUUGAGUCCCUUUGCUGUGCACCUGAAACUAUUACAACAUUGUUAACCAGCUAUACUCCAAUAUAAAAUAAAAAGUUAAAAAAUAAAGGUCAAAUACUGUAUGAUUCCACUUAUAUGAGGUACUAGAGUAGUUAAAUUUGGACAUUGACAGACAUUACAAUUGUUGCCAGGGGCUGAAGGUGGAAUGAAGAUGUCUAGUUACUGUUUAAUGAGUACAAAAUGUCAAUUUGAGAAGAUGAAAAGACUUCUGGAGAUGAUGGCUGCACAACAAAGUGAAUAUACUGAAUGCCACUGAACUUCAAAUGUGAAUAUUUGGUCCAGAACUGGGGACAGUAGAAAGAACACCAGCGUUGGAAUCAGUUCAGACCUGUGUCUGCCACAUAGCUGAAAUCUCGAGCAACUCCUUCAGUCUGACAUGGCAGAAAAACCAAUGCGUAUGUCCACACAAAUACCCGAUGAUGAAGAUAUACAAAAAGAAGAUAAUAUCCGUUGUUUAACUACGCUUGGUCAUUUUGGUUUUGAUUGUUUGCCUCAACAACUGGUGAACAAAUCUGUUCAACAAGGGUUCUUUUUUAAUAUUCUCUGUGUGGGGGAAACUGGGAUUGGAAAAUCAACAUUGAUCGACACACUGUUCAAUACUAACUUGAAAGACAAAAAAUCCUCACAUUUUUGCCCAAAUGUUGGACUUAAAAUUCAGACAUAUGAACUUCAGGAAAGCAAUAUUCAGUUGAACUUAACUGUUGUGGAAACAGUGGGGUAUGGUGAUCAAAUAAACAAGGAAGGCAGCUACCAGCUAAUAGGUGACUACAUAGAUGCUCAGUUUGAGUCCUAUCUUCAAGAAGAAUUGAAAAUUAAGCGUUCCUUUGUUGACUACCAUGAUUCCCGUAUCCACGUGUGCCUUUACUUCAUUUCACCUACAGGACAUUCUCUGAAACCCCUUGAUCUAUUAACCAUGAAGAACAUUGACAGUAAGGUGAACAUUAUACCACUGAUUGCCAAAGCAGAUACAAUUUCUAAAAAUGAUUUACAGAAAUUUAAGUGUAAGAUAAUGAGUGAAUUGAUUAGUAAUGGCAUCCAGAUAUACCAGUUCCCAACAGAUGAUGAAGCUACCAUGGACGUGGACACCUCAAUGAAUGAACAUUUACCUUUUGCUGUAGUAGGAAGUACAGAUGAAGUGAAAGUUGGAAAAAGAAUGGUCAGAGGCCGUCAGUACCCUUGGGGAGUUUUACAAGUGGAAAAUGAAAAUCACUGUGACUUUGUUAAGCUCCGGGAUGUGCUUUUUUGUACAAACAUGGAAGACUUGAAAGAACAAACCCACACUUGGCACUAUGAACGUUAUAGGUGCAGCAAACUUCAGAAAAUGGGAUUUACUGAUGUGGAUCCAGACAACCAGCCAGUAAGUUUUCAAGAGAUCUAUGAAGCCAAAAGGCAGGAUUUCUUGGAUCAAUGUCAGAGGGAAGAAGAAAAGUUGAAACAGAAGUUUGUGCAGAGAGUAAAGCAGAAAGAAACAGCAUUUAAAGAAGCUGAAAAAGAGCUACAGGACAAGUUUGAGCAUCUUAAGAGGGUCCAACAAGAGGAGACAAUGAAACUUGAGGAGGAGAGAAGACAAUUGGAAGAAGAAAUAAUAGAUUUUUAUAAAAUGAAGGCUGCCUCUGGAACAUUGCAGACUCAGGAGUGUACCAGUAUAAGGAAGGACAAAGAUCGUAAGAAAUAAUCCUCUCUUACCAUCUGUGUGUCAUGGGGCCCUAUCACUCUCAAUCCCAUCUUCCUGUGAGAUUUUUCUCAUAGCACUAAUUCUGAUUGAAAUUAUACUAAGUUUUAAAAUCUGUUUGCUUAUUGUAUGUUUUCUCCAACUAGAAUGUGAACUCCUUGGGAGUAGGUACCUUGACCAUCUUGUUAAAUGUUCUGUCCUCAGUGUUUAGAACAAGAGUAGCACAGAAUUAGCAGUCAAUAAAUAUUUGCUAAAAUGAAAGAAAAUCAAAGAAUUAUAUAGCACAGUGUGAAAAGUGAUUAGCUGUUGAAAUUCUUUUACCAUAGCCCUACUUGUGGCUCCAGGGACCAAGUGUAUAUAUACUAUUUCAUAUCUAAAUAGAAGUAGGGGAUUUGUUGGCAUAAAAUAUUAUGUUAUAAGAGGCUAAUUCUUAUGCUGAUAUUCCUUAACAAAUUCUACUGAUAAUUUCUUGAUAGUUUUUAUUAAAUAAAAUAUUGUUUCUGAUUGGAACUCUUAGGCUUUUAUGUUAGACCUUGUAAAACUAAUAUUGGAAUAAAUCUUGAAAAGUUAGGGAGAGCCAGAAAACAGUGGGAAACCAUGAGUAACAUUUGGAUGAUAAUAUUACACCUUACAUAUUUGGGGUAUAUGUUAAAACUAAAGUUAUCAAAUAAAGUGGACUUUUUUUUUUUGCCAUUUCAAAAUUUUCCUUCUGACUAUAUAUCCUGAUUUUCCACAUUUACAAUGUCAGUUCACCUGUGUGUGUGGCUGACUCACCGUGACUCAUUCUAUGAAAGUACUACCGUUGAGGGUCUGUAUAUAUUUACUCCAGCUACAUCUGGCAUAGUUCAUGGAAUUUUUCUUAUGUCCCUAAAAGAAUAAAUUUUUCUUCUGUUGUAA